AUGUCAUCGGAUGCCGAGCCCAUCGUGGCUUCUGCUCCUGCAGAGGUCGACGAGAAUGCGCCCCCGGCCACUCCGGUAGAGUCUACUGUGUCCGGAGGUGAAGAGAUGGUCAAAUCCAGCCCUGAGGCUACCAAGGAAAAUCCCAAGGCUUCUCCAACCAAGGCCAGCCCGGAAAAGCCUGGAGCUGUGAAGCGCCCUAUUUCGUCGGGAACAGCCACCAAGCGGCCUACGUCGUCAUCCGCAACAAAGCCCACGACCACUGCUACCCGCGGCACCACCAGCGGCACUUUGAACAAGCCCCCCACACGUCCCACAACGACUACGGCUACGCGUAAGCCCUUGGGUGCUUCGACGACCUCGACCUCGUCUCACCGGUCUCGCAUGUCUGUCAGCAGCUCUGCGGACGAAAAGCCUCGCUCUGUGGCCAGCUCUGGAGACGAGAAGAGAGCAAUCUCUGGUACGGCUAAGCGUAUGUCCAUGGCUGGCACUACGUCUACUCGCGCACCUUUGAGACCCACCUCCUCUUCGGUUGAUCGUCGAUCCAGCGUUGCUGGUCCUACUCCGGAGAGGAAGCCUGCCACCACCACUACCGCACGCACCGCCGCUAGCUCUACGAGCAAGCCAAUGGGUCGUUUGACCUCUGCUGCCACCCCUGCAAGCCGAACUCCCACGUCGGCUUCCACUACUCGUCCCACAAGUACCGUGAGAUCAACCGCAACCGCUGAUCCCAAGAAGCGAUUGAGCACUAUUGGCGGCGCCUCUGCUACGCGCAGUGCAGGUGAUUCCGAAAAGUUGCAGGCUCUUCAGACAAAGCUUACGGAAAGCGAAGAGACUGUUGCCAACUUGAAGACAGAGCUUGAGACCGUCAACGAGAAGCUGAGCCAGCUCUCCGUGUCUGCCGAGCAGCCCUCCACCGAUGAAAGCGCCACCGAUGCACUUCGCGCUGAACACACCGCCGAACUCGAAAAGUUGACCUCGUCUCAUGGCGAGCAACUACAGGCGUUGCAGGCUCAACUCGAAGAGGCCGAAACCCAGCGCAAAGAGCUGGAAGAAAGCUCUCGAAGAGAACUCGAGGAGGCCAAACAAUCCGCUUCCGCACAAGGCGACGACAAGACAACUGCAUUACUCGAGGAUCUCAAGGCUGCGCACCAGGCUCAAUUGGAGAGCAUUGGAAAGGAGCUGACUGAGCACAAGGCCGCCGCUGCCAACUUUGAGGACCAGAUUGAGGCUCUCAACAAGGAGCUUCAGUCGCUCAAGACCUUGGAGGAGCAGAAUGCCCAGAUUACUCGAGAGCUCAAGGGCCGUGACCAGGUGUUCGAGAACUUGAACACCGAAAUUAGUAGGCUGAAUACCCAGAAGGAGCAAGAAGUUCGCGCUGCGGAGGAAUCUGCCCAGCAGAGUGUGCUCAGCCUGAAGGAGCAAGUGACUUCCCUUGAGGCCAAGCUUGCCGAGGCCGAGUCAGCCACCCAGCAGAGCUCUGAGACCACCGGCUCAAUUGCCGAGAAAGAUCAGGAAAUCACCGAUCUCAAGCGGGCCCUUGAGAAGGUGCAAAGCGAGCUCCACGAGGCCCGCGAUGCCGCUGCCGAACAGUUGGAAUCCAAGGUCAAGGAGCUGGAAGCCGCCCAUGAAGUCGCCAUCUCUUCUCUUUCCGAUUCCCAUGCGAAGGAGCUCACCGUAGUCACCGCUGCAGUGGAGUCUAACGGCUCAGAGCACACCAAGGAAAUUCAGGAGCUCCGGAGUGCUCUUGAGUCCUCCAAGGCUGCUGCCCAGCAGAGCCGAGAGGACGCCGUUGCUGAGCUGAAGACUGCUCACAAGGCCGAAUUAGAUUCUCUUCAAGAGAAGCUUCAGGCAUCCGAGGCUGCUGCUCAAAAGGGACAGGAAGAUGCUAUCGCCGAGUUGAAGGCUACUCACGAAGCCGAGCUGAAGUCCCUGCAAGAACAACUUCAGGCUUCUGAGGCUUCUGCCCAACAAGGACAGGAAGGUGCAAUUGCUGUGCUGAAGACGGCCCACGAGGAAGAACUCAAGUCCCUGCAAGAAAAGCUCGAGGCGUCCGAGAAUGCUCUCGCAGAAUCUCGUCGCGCUCUCGAUGAGGGCCAGGCCUCCGCCCAAGACGUCGCUGUUCAGGAGAUUGAGGCUCUUCGCCAGAAGUGUGAGUCCUUGGAGUCAGAACUCUCUACCGGCACUGGAAAGAUCAACGCACUCCAGGAGGAAGUGCAGAGCAAGCAGGCCGAAGCCGAGGCACUUCACCACAGCCUUCGUGAUGUUGAAGAUUACUACAAGCAGGAGGCUGUCCAAAAGGACAACAAGCUCAAGGCUCUGGAGCAGAAGGCCGCCGAGGCCACCCGUGUUCUUGAGGAACACACUUCGCAGGCCGCUGGUGUGUCUGAUGAACACUCCAAGGCUUUGGAGGACUUGAAGACCCAGCAUGCUACCCAGCACGCCCAGGCCAUCGAAGAAUUGAAGGCUCAACAUGCAGCCCAGCUCGCAUCGGAGCUGGCUCAGGCGAAGGAGUCAUCCGGCUCCCACGAGACUGCCCUUGGCAAUCUUCAGUCGCAGCACGAUGAGCUCCUUGCCAAGAGUAAGGAAUUGGGGUCUACUCAUUCUACCAAGGUCCAGUCUCUUGAGGCCGAGCUGAAGUCUGCGCUGGAAGGCCACGCAGGUGAAAUUGCAGCUCACACCGAACAGCGCGAGAAGGCAACUGCUGAACUUCAGAGGCAGUUCGAAGAAACCCAGACUAAGCUGCAGGCUGAAAUCACUGCCUUGCAGAGCUCUAGCAAGACCGAUGCCGAGGUCCACGAGAAGCAAGUCGCUGAAUUGCAGAAGGGCUUCGAAGAGACUAAGGUUAAGUUGCAAGCUGAAAUCGAGGCAUCGAAGGCCUCCAAGUCUGCCGAUGCUGAAGCCGAACACGGCAAGGCCAUCGAGCAACUUCUCACCAUGCACGAGUCUAAGCUGUCCGGUUUGAAGGAGGAGCUUGAGGCUUCGAACAAGGCUAAGCUGGACGAACUCCAGAAGUCUCACGACGUGGCACUGGCUGAUGUUAUUGCUCAGCUGUCAGAGGCCAAGGCUGCCGUUCAGGAUACUUCUGUUUUGGAUGGCUUGAAGGCUACCAUUGCUGAUCUUGAGGGUAAACUUGCCGAUUUUGAGAAGGCUCACAUUGCAGUACAAGAGUCUGCCGCUUCUGCUUCCAGGGACGUCGAGGCUCGUUAUGCUGCUGAGAUCUCCCAGAGCAAGGCCGCCCAUACUGCACUUGAGGAGAAGCAUCAAGCUGCUGUCACCCAACUGAACAUCCUGCAGAAAUCAGCCACUGACUCGGAGAGCCAGAAGUCGCAUCUGGAGUCUCUCAUGAAGCAGCUCUCGGAAUGUCGCGAUCAGCUUCUUACCCUCAAGGCUGAUAAUGCUACUGUCUCUGACUCGUUGCUUGAUUGCAAGAACCAGAACAGGACUCUUUCCGAAAAGCUGGCCGCGGGGGAACGCGACCUGAACGAUCAGAUUGACAAGAACAUGGGUCUCCUGAACCAACUUGGCGACGUGGAUUCGGCUAUCUCUGCCAGUCGACGACGUGUGCGCGAGCUCGAAACCGAGCUACAGCUUUUGAAGGCUGAUGGAGACCGGAGCAGCACCUCAGGCUUGGGGGCCAGCCGGUGGGCAACGGCCGAUGAGGGUAGCGAAAACGCUGAAGAUGGGGGUCCAGCCGCAACGGAAGGUGAGGACCUCGGCCCAUCCAUUGAGGGAACGAUGGCCAGCAUCCAGGAACAGCUUAAGCAUAUCCGAACAGCCAAUGAGGACUGGCACGAUGAGCAUGCCAGACUCGUCGGGGAACUUGCCCAACUCUCCAGGCAUGCAACCCCUGCACCUCGCAGCCUCUCAACAACCCCUCACCCUGAAGCAUCAACAUCGGCACACAAAUCAGAAAACAGUCGCAUCCACAUCGAACAGCUUCCCCGGUAG